AGCUGUCAGUAACUAUUUUAACAAAUUUGAAGUACUUGAAAUAACUAUUUCUAACAGCUUCUACCAUAUUGUAUUAGUUGGCUGGGUCUAUACCCCAAAGUGAGGUCUGAAUGCCUGGAGAAUAAUUGGUAAGUUCUAUAAACUGUGUUUGGCAAUGCUCCUCUUGACUUGCCAUGGAGGAAGGCAGCGUUGAACUGCAGCCCAGGCCACGUUCUGACUGCCAACACAGGCUGUAAUUAGUAGCUCAGGCUCAGUGUGGUGAUACAUACCGGUUGCUCUGCAGACAAGUAAACAGUAAUGAUGUUAUUUAAUUAAAAAAAAAAAAAUCUGAAUUCCAUACUGCAUUCUAACUGAAGUUAUUGAAACUUAAAUGGCAGAAUGUCCUUGAAAGGGAAUAUAUGUUAUGAAAAUCCAAACUGUAGUUUACAGGUAAAAAUGCUGCUUUUGAUACUGGCUCACUUAUUAAAGUAGAGGCCAAAGAGACAUUUCCAUUAAAAAGGACAGUUAUCUUACAUCAGUUGUCUGGCUGACUAUUAUCUUGUUGCGUCAUUAUGUUGGUGUAUCAAUGCUACUAAGAAAAAAAAGUUCUGAAACUGUUAAAUAGAUCACUACUUAAUCAGAAAAGCUGGAUACUUGUUGUAUUUCAUUGUCUUUGUUAUUAUCCCGUGUCCUGUUCCUGUUUGUUGUAGCUGGGCUGGUGGGUAAUCUGUGCGUACUGUUUGUUUUUUAACUCAUAUUUUCAAAGCUCUAAGAAAUGUUUGUAAAUUCACUACAUUUUGCUUCUAGGGAAUGCGGCUCCUUCGUGAUUACAGUUUUGCCUGCGAGCUGUUUCUGUGAUCUCCUGGAACUAUCGGCUGCCUGCUGCACGCCAACAGCUGUAAAGCUCACACUGUAAAGCUCACAACUGUGCUCCUGUGUAACAUCUUGAUGCCGUUGUUGCUGAUGGAGAGAAACAGGACUUGGUAGUUUACUUGGUGGAAAAUUAUUUGGAAGAAAAACUUUCCAGGGAUCUGGAUUAUUUCUACCAUGGACUCCUCAUCUGUCCAGCAGGGCAUUCACUUGGAGAACAGAAGCAGUAAUGCGGCCCUUAGCAGCUCUGAAGAACUUCUGGAUCAUAACGCCAAGUCACAUUUGCCAGUUACAACAGAUGAAAUUAACACUACCAGUAUUGAUGUCAAUGAAGUGCCAAAUGAAGAGGAAAGUCUGGAGAUAAACAGCAAAGUGGACGCCUACCAGAAUGGCCCAGAGUCGCUCUUCCCCAACUCUCCUGUAUCUUUUGACCCCACCAGCAAUGUGCAGGGUCAGGAGUCGUCCCCAGGCUCAGCAGAGUCUUCACUCCCAUUGGAGAAAGAAGAACAAAUAAGACUUCAAGCCAGAAGACGGCUAGAAGAACAGCUCAAACAAUACAGAGUGAAGAGACAUCAAGAACGAUCUACAUCCAAAACCCGUCCCUCCAGCACCCUAGAUCCUGAGCUGAUGUUAAAUCCAGAAAUCUUGCCAAGAGCUAGCACUGUAGCAAUGACGAAAGAAUACUCCUUUUUGCGGACCAGUGUCCCUAGGGGCCCAAAACUGGGUAGCUUGGGACUUCCAGUAUCCUCGAAAGAGAGAAGAAGUGCAAGAUCUAAGCCCGGUAGAAUCCGAUCUUUGGCUGACUACAGAACUGAAGAAUCAGGCUCCGGAGAUGCUACUGGAAAUUUUGUAGCUACUGAUUUAUCUGGCGGGACUCUGAAGCAAAGCAGAAGUGGUCCAGCAUCAGUUGUUUCUGAGAUUAGUCUGCCCUCUGACACAGAUGAUCGAAUAGAGAAUUCCUCCCUGGCAGGAGAAGUCGUUUCAGAGCUAGAUGGGAGUGAAGCAGGAAUGAGGCUGGAUGGAAAUGAGAGUGACAGCUCUACCUACAGCAGCGUGUCAGGAAGAGGGCUGUAUAACAGCUCACAGAAUGCAGAAGGCGGGCAGGGUAUUCCGUAUACAAUAAAUGGUCAGAAGAUACAUCCCGAUGCAAUGGGGCAAUUUCCUUCCAUCAGUGAGGUGCUACGGGCUGCGGCAGUGGAGCAUCAAGCCCGAGAGCAAGAAGUUAAUGGGGAAGUACGGAGCAGGAGAGACAGUAUUUCUAGCAGUGUUUCUAUGGAAAGCUCUGUCGCAGGAACUCAUGAUGAAAUGUUGCAGGUCCUGAAGGAGAAGAUCAGACUUGAAGGGCAGCUAGAAGCGCUCUCGCUAGAAGCUAAUGAGGCCCUUAAAGAGAAGACUGAGCUACAAGCCCAACUCGCAGCUUUGAACAUGAAACUUGAGGCUCAGGUGGAGCACAGCCAGAGCAGCCAGCGGAAGCAGGAGUCUCUGAGCGCAGAGGUGGCCACGCUAAAGCAGUCUUGCUGGGAUCUGGAACGAGCAAUGGCUGACCUGCAAAAUGCCUUGGAAGCAAAGAAUGCUAGUUUGGCUUCUUCAAAUAAUGAUUUGCAGUUAGCAGAGGAGCAGUACCAAAGGCUCCUGCUGAAGGUUGAAGAUAUGCAAAAAAAUGUUCUCACCAGAGACAGCACAGUGCAUGAUCUGCGACAGCAGUUGGCUUCCUUGCAGAACCAGCUUCAGAAGGUUCAGUUGGAACGGACCACACUGACCAAUAAGCUGAAGGCAUCUGAAACAGAAAUCACGGCGCUCCAGAAUGUGCGACAGUGGUACCAGCAGCAGCUUGUGCUGGCACAGGAGGCCCGUGUCAGGCUGCAGAGUGAGAUGGCCAAUAUACAGGCUGGGCAAAUGACCCAAGCAGGUAUGUUGGAACAUCUCAAACUAGAGAAUGUGACACUGUCUCAGCAGCUAACUGAAACCCAGCACAGAUCCAUUAAAGAGAAGGAACGUAUUGCAGCACAGCUGCAAAAUAUUGAGGCUGACAUGUUGGAUCAAGAAGCCGCCUUCAUGCAGAUCCAGGAGGCUAAAACCAUGGUGGAAGAAGACUUGCAGAGGAAACUAGAGGAGUUUGAGGAUGAGAAAGAACAGCUUCAGAAAAUGGCUGAUUCUGCAGCAAUAUUGGGGCAAGAAUUGGAACAGGUCAAGUUGACUGUGCAUCAGCGAGAUCUGCAGCUUGAAUCUUUACAGCAAGAACACUUGGACCUGAUGAAGCAAUUCACUCUGAUCCAAGAGACAUUGCGCACCAAAGAGCAGUCCCUGGAUGACCUGCAAACACAGUAUGAUGAACUGAAGGCCAGAUUAGAAGAGUUUCAAAGUGACGCUACUUCUAAAGAUGACAUGAUCCAGUAUUUGCAGAAUGAGAAGAUUGUCUUGGAAGUAGCUCUGCAGGCAGCAAAAACAAGCAAAGAGCAACUGGACAAAGGAGCAGCGCGCCUUGGAGAAGAUAGAGAAGUAGCAUCAGAAAUCUUGGAACAGCUGAGGCAAGAAAUGGCAAUCACAUCAAGCCAGGUGGAAAAUCUGCAACAAGAAAAUUCCAGCCUUAAAAAACAGGUUCAAAAAGUGAAGGAACAGUUCCUGCAGCAGAGGGUAAUGGUGGAAGCGUAUCGAAGAGAUGCAAGUUCUAAGGACCAGCUGAUAAGUGAACUGAAAGCUACGAAGAAACGGCUGGACUCAGAAGUGAAAGAAUUAAGACAAGAGCUACUGAAAGUUCAAGUAGAAAAACAGUCACUAGAAUCUGAACAUUCAAAACUACAGAAGGAAGCAUCUCAGGUUCACCAGCAGAUGGUGGAAAUAGAAAAUAAUCUUCGGUCAGUGCAGAAGGAACGAGACGAUAUGGAAACAUGUCUGCAGUCUUUGCAGUUUGAUAAGGAACAAAUGGCAUCUCUUGCUGAGGCAAAUCAGGCAUUAAAACAACAAGUAGAACAAAUGCAAGAAGAAGCAAAAAAGGCCAUUACGGAGCAGAAACAGAAAAUGAAGCGUCUAGGGUCAGAUCUGACCAGUGCUCAGAAAGAGAUGAAAGCAAAACAUAAAGCCUAUGAGAAUGCAGUUGGCAUUCUUAGUCGUCGGCUACAGGAAUCUCUCGCUGCAAAGGAAUCUGCUGAAGCAGAGCUGAGCAAACUAAAAGCACAAAUCACUGACAGUGGAAACAACCGUAUAUCUCAAGAAAGGAUUCAAGCUCUGGAGACAGAAUUGCAAGCGGUUCGCAGCAGUAAGUUGAUGCUGGAAAAAGAGCUGCAAGAAGUGAUUUCACUUACCAGCCAGGAGCUUGAAGAAUACAGAGAGAAAGUGCUGGAACUUGAGGAUGAGCUUCAGGAAUCUCGAGGCUUCAGGAAGAAGAUAAAACGCUUAGAAGAAGUUAAUAAGAAGUUGGCCCUUGAACUAGAGCACGAACGUGGAAAACUUAUGGGUCUUAGUCAGUCCAACGCUGCUUUGAGGGAGCACAACAAUAUCCUAGAAACAGCGUUGGCAAAAAGAGAGGCAGACUUGGUACAACUGAAUCUACAGGUUCAGGCAGUCCUAAAGCGGAAGGAGGAAGAGGACCAGCAAACGCAACAACUUAUUCAAGCUUUACAGGCUUCCUUAGAGAAAGAAAAGGCCAAAGUUAGAGACCUUAAGAAACAGGAAGCGGCUGCCAAAGCGGAUGCCGCACAUAACCGCCGUCAUUACAGAGCUGCCGUGCUUGAGCUCAGUGAAAUCAAGAAGGAGCUACAUGCCAAAGAAACGCUUGUUCAGGCCCUUCAGGCUGAAGUGGACAAACUGCGGGUGGAGGACGAAAAACAUUCCCAGGAGGUAUCAGAGUUUCAGCAAGAGCUUGCCGAAGCCAGGUCUCAGCUCCAGUUUCUGCAGAAGACACUGGAUGACAAGCUUAGUGAACAGCCUGUAGUGAGCCAAGAGGUGGAAGACCUCAGGUGGGAAGUAGAACGGAAAGAAAGAGAAAUUGAAACACUUAAGCAGCAGCUGGAUAUGAGUGAACAGCGCAGCCACAAGGAAUUAGAAGGGAUACAGGUUGUCUUGCAGAAUAUUAAGACUGAGUUGGAAAUGGUGAGGGAAGACUUGUCAGUGACUCAGAAGGAUAAGUUUAUGCUGCAGGCUAAAGUGAGUGAGCUGAAGAACAGCAUGAAGUCGCUGCUGCAGCAGAACCAGCAACUGAAGUUGGACCUGAAGCAUGACAAGAUGAAGAAGAGGAAGGAACUGAAAGGAGAGAACAACUCUUCAAAUCCUGUGACUCCAGUCAAGAUUCCUGAUUGUCCAGUGCCUGCUGCCUUGCUGGAAGAACUGUUGAAACCACCGACAGCUGUGAGCAAGGAGCCUUUAAAAAAUCUGAACAGCUGUCUCCAGCAGUUGAAGCAAGAAAUGGACAGCCUGCAGCGUCAGAUGGAGGAACACACCAUUACAGUACAUGAAUCAAUGUCUUCGUGGACUCAGAUUGAGGGGCAGCUGAUGGACCUUACCUCUACCAGUCCUGCAACUGCAUCAGACCAGGAGAUUCCUACUGUAGAAGAAAAGAAACAGAAUUGUAGUGUUAGUGACAAGGAAGCUUGCACACUAUAACCUCCUUAUUAGUUGUCUUUCUUCCUAUUGAUUUAAGUAUGUUAACAAAUCUUUAUCAAAAUUAUUUAUUUAUUUCAUUUCUAAUAUGGUGUUCAGACUUGUGCUUUUGCCUGUAGAAGCAAAGGGCAUGGUUUUGAGAAAAUGGUGUAAUAAUAAAAGCAUAACAUGCUAUUCCAAGGGUUGGUUUGAAACCUUACCACGAUGAUUCUGUUAUGGUGGGGACUGCCAGGUGGUAAACCUAGCUCAUUUUGGGAUUCAGUAAGAGGUUCAGAUGAAGGUUUAAGAUGAGGCCAAGAGGAGCAUCUGUUUCCGGGUCUGGUUUUGUUCGAUCUGUGUGAGUUUGGUAAGGAAUGACUCUUAAUUAUGUCACAUCUGGGUUUUGGUGGUGUGUGUGUGUUUUUUGUUUGUGUGUGUUUGUUUUUAAUUUGGUGGUGGUGUUUUCCCCUGUCUUGGGUUGUAUCCAAAUCACAGGUAAAAAUAGGUUCUGCUCAUGUUCAGCCAUUAGCAGUGGUUGAGAAUUGGGUAUUUUGAUCAUCCUCUCUCUUCCCUCGUGUCAUCUCUUAUUCUUGAAAUUCAGAUUAUAGAUACCUGUAUUUAAAGAAAAGAAAUUAAUUUGAAGCCAUUUCUAGUUAUGAAGGUGACCUGUGACCUAUGGCAAAAGAAAUAAGACUGUAAAGACAAGCAAUGCAGACCAGUUCCUAUCUUUGACAGAUUUGCCUGGGAUGUUUUCUUAAGUGUCAGCUUUCCUCUUACAGUUGCAGGCCAGUAGGGAACUUUGCUUCACUGCACAAACACUUCUUGCACCUUUUUAGUUCAACUUCUGAAGUAGACACCCUUGAAAAAGGUAUGUGUGUAAUAUAUAUAUAUAUAUAUAU